GGAGGAGGAGGGAUCAGUUUGUAUGGAAGUGAACCGAGAUAGUGGUCUCACACGCCGCCUGAACUAAACCGUCGGCGACGCGGCGCUGAGCGGCCAUUCUGGCGCAGACAACUUUGCGCCCCUUUUUUUGCCCCCCAACUCUUCCACGUCUGCCUGACGCGCACUGGGAAUACAUCAGCACUCCCUGCAGCCUCUUCCGCGUAUUGGAUUUCUACGCAUUGACGGGCUCUCCAGUGUGCCUCGCAGCUUUUCGCGGGGACUUUUACAAGCUUUUAUUUCCGGCUGGAGCCUGGGAUUUAGGCGUCGACUCGGUUCGGUUUCGUCGCGGCGCACUUUUGGAUGAGCCCCGCGCAGAGCAGAUGCACGAUGCGUUCGAUUUAGGAGCAAAUCUGAGAGUCCAAAGUGCCAAAUUCAGCCCAGAUGGCGAACGAGCGCAAUCGCAGCAUUGUGAGGAAUUAUAUCUGCUAUAAACUCUCUAAACGCGGCUACGCGUGGGGCUUCGGAGCCGCCGGGGAGGAUGAGGAGGACGAUGCCGCUUCUGCUGCUGCUAAUAACGGCGUAGUGGUCGCCCCCUCGCCGACUUUGGUGCUCCGUUGCCGCCGAGCCAGCUCCGGGCCCGACCGCGACUGCAGCCCCAAGCGGAGCUCCGGUCCCGACCCGCUCGCCGACAUCCACAGGGUCCUGCGGGAGGCUGGCGACGAACUCGAGAGACUUUACCAGCCGGACUUCAGCGAGAUGUCGCGGCAGUUGUACCUUUCGUCCACCACGGCUCAGCGUCGGUUCGCUGAGGUGAUCGACGAACUAUUCCGGGACGGCGUCAACUGGGGCCGUAUCAUCGCCUUCUUUGAGUUCGGCGGCACAGUGUGCGUGGAGUGCGCCACCAAGGAGGACAUGACGUCGCAGGUGGACCACAUUGCCGAGUGGAUGACUGAGUACUUAAACGGACCUCUCAGCAGCUGGAUCCAAGAGAACGGGGGCUGGGACGCUUUUGUGGAGCUGUACGACCGUCAGCGGGACUCGCUCUUCAGCUGCUCGUGGCCGUCCAUCAAGACCGUCUUUGGGCUCGCUGCACUCGGGGCCGCCAGCCUCACCAUCGGGGCGUACCUCACGCAAAAGUGAGGUCCCCCUCUUCUCCUCAUUCAUCCUUCUUCACCCCCAGCCCAACCCUUCCUAUAAAGACACACUCCAGUAAGUGAUGGCAGCAUCCAUGUCAUCACUACAACAGAGGACAAACAUUUUUGAACAUUUUUUUUUGCUCUCCCAACCCCACCUGCUUCUCUACUAAUAGUGGCAUGAACCUUAGUAUAGACAGUAGUUGCAUGUGACAUGUUUGGGGAGAAUGAUGGCGGGGGCGCCCCUGCUCGUUAGGGUGGAGGACCCUGUCAGAAGCGUGUACUCCGGUUACCCCCUUGUGCCCCCUCCCUUGGCGGCCCCCAUCAAAGGACUUCCUGUGAAGAACAGCUGCUCAGAAUGUAUAAUGGACCAGUGCGGUAAGACAAAGUGUACGUGUGUGAUGUAGUAGGCUGUGUGGACACAAGUAUUGGGACGCUGACAGAGGCCUCUAGUUCAACACAAUUCAAAUUACGCUAACGGAAAUAAUGAAAAUAGAACAAAUUCUUGGAUCACACUUCCUAUCUUAGAUUUAACCAUUUCUGACUGUCGACCAGUUAGUUUUCCAACUAUCCAAUAUUUUAAUCGGAGCUGAACAGUGUCGCGACGUCGAAAACGCGACAUCGAAAAUGUACCAGGCGCAAGGGCAUAGGCUUGGUCUCAACAUUGGUAGGGACGAUAUAACAGCAUAAUGUGCAUGUACACUUUUUGCUGGGGACGAGACAUUAAUAAGACCAAACAGAUUGGGUGAAUGGGGGUCCGGGCUACAUUUCUCAAGAAGGUGAACCUAAAUCAUUGAUAGGCUAAAUGAUCAAUGCAAAAUAAAUCUGUAUUGACCUAUACUAACUUUAAUGUGUACUGGUUCAGGUAUUGUUUCAAAAACUAUGAAAGAAACAUUUUUAAAAAUUAAAUAUUUAAAAUAAAAAUUAAAAUUUAUAAGCAAGUUUUGAUUUCAAAAUUUGAACAUGAAUUAAAUUAUAUUUACAUACACAAUAAAUAUAAACUUGUUAAUAAUCUCUUAGCUAGCCGGGGGGGGGGAAAAUCCUACGACUAAUCAACAUUGUGUAAAUAAAUAAAUUAAAUAUAACUGAAAAGACGUCUUUGUCAGUGAAUACCAAAAAUAAAUAAAAAUGGAGCCUUUCCUCUGGUAAAACACUACUGCUUUUGUCCACAAGCAAAGCCAAACUCAACAAAAAAAUGAACUCUCCUUUGGGCUGCUUUCAGGGCUGCCUGUAAAUAAAACCCAAUUAAAAAUUGACUUACACACACAGACUUGGAACCUCUCUGAGCAGCUUCUUGCUCAAGUAGGAGCUUCAUACUCGAGUUUUGCAGCUUAGCAAGUUUACACAGUUUAAUGUUACGCUAAUUUAUGCAGGUCAGACUUUCAGUAGCAAAAUUAGUGGUGUGUUCCCCACCUCCACAACACUGACGUCUUUUUACAUUACUUAGAGUGGCCGCAGCUGUUGCUGGCCGAAAAAAAACUUCUAAUAUCCCUCCUCUUCGAAGCGGUAUGACAUUAUUCUGUCGGAGCUGUGCGUGUGUGUGUGGGGUGGGAGGUCCAAGUCAUCAGCCAAUCAAACGUUCGUUUGAGCAAAAUAAAUGGACUGCCACAUUCAUCAAGUGAAAAGUGGGAAAUGUAAGUCUGAACAUAAUGAAAAUAAUUCACUUCAUAAUGGUAGGGUCAAUUCUAACCUUACAACAUACAGUAUGUGAACACAAUCUAAAUUACCUAUUAUACUAAACUCAUUUUAUAAUGCAAAUAAGGUUGCUUAAAAGUUGGCGGUGACAAUUUGGGCAUCCUGAAAAGUUGGUAGUGUUAUGUCCUUACCGUCCCUAUGCAAACCUACACCUUUGCCCAAGCGCAUUGUAUCGUGAGCUUUUACAACAAAUAUUACAUUGAAGGGGACAAACAAAUAUGCAGCUCCAAUAUAUAUAUAAAGGGGUCGGCAAAACCUUGUGGCUAUUUAAUUAUGUUACCUAUUGAAGGUGUGCUGUUGUAUAGCCCUGCAUCAAUGCCUCUUUAAACCUUUAUAGGGCAAGUAACAAUUUUUAGUAGUUAAAAAACAAAAAAGACCUGUCAUCUACAUGCGUGGACAUCCCAUUUUGUCUUGUAGACCAUUUUGUAUAGCCUACUUGACGCAAAAUGAGAUUAAUUAAUUAUUUGAAUAAUUUUUGUUAACACCUUAAUCAUUAUUAUAUUUUCAAUUUUAUUUUAUAUAUUUUUUAUGACUAAAUGAAAUAAUUGUUAAUGAUUUUUUUUUUUUUUUUUUUUUAAAUAAUAUUGAAAUUAAUAAAACAGAAUCACUCUCCUGUUAUAGCCUCCAAUAACACACUAACGUUGAUUUAAAAAAAAAAAAAAAAAAAAAAGCAUAGUAUUGAACUCAUUACUUGCCAUUGACAUCAGUGGACGUCCAAUUCAUUUAAAAUGGGACGCCUGGCAGAGAAUGCUCAUGUUUCAGUGCCACUGACGGCGCUAGAUUGAUAGCUGCUAGCCCUCCCAGUCAAAAUGGAUUGGCGUUUAGCGGCGUCAAUGGCAGCCAAUAAAGGGUUAAUGAAGAUUAAGUUUGUUUUGUUUGAUGAAAUGGAAAACAAGAUGGUGACAAAUAUGUGAGACCCCAGGAAAAGGGCUGACCAUAGAUGAAGCACAAUUUAAACACGUUUAACCUAGAUGAAGAUGAUGUGAUACACCUGCUGUAGUUGCCUGUUGAACCAAAGUGCCGACAUGGCAGGCAUGCUGGGGAGGUCGACUUUGCCAUUAUCAUUGGAGGUUAUGCAUGGACAUGGAAAAAAGUAAAUCGUAACUUUUCUAUUUCUCAAAUAAUUUGCAUGAGGUUUGUAUAUAAAAUUUUAUUUUUAUUUAUUUGCAUGGAGAAGAUCAAUUUCGUGUUCUCUGUCGAUUUGUGUUGAUUUCCUGAAUAAACUAUAUAUUAUUUUCGUUUUUGCCUGCUUAACAAUAUUUGAUAAAGGCAGUACAGCUAUAUGUAGUGCUGUUUCAUUUUGAACAUUUUAUUUAUUUUGUAGCUUGCAGAAUGUUUCUCACUGUGGCAAAGUGGUGCAAAUGAUUUUCUUAAUGAAACAGGUUGCUGCCCCUUGUUCAGUAUUCAUGCAGUUUGGAGUGUUAGGUCCAACUGCAAAAAGGGUAAAUUCACAACUAAUCAGAGGUGGGUAGAGUAGCCCAAAAUUUUACUCAAAUAAGAGUAGCAUUACUUCUAAAUAAUAUUACUCAAGUAAAAGUGAUCAUCCAAAAAUUGACUAAAGUACAAGCAAAAAAAAGCAUUCGGUGAAACAAAUACUCAAGUAAUGAGUAAACCUGUGAGUAACUGCUUACAAUAUCAGAUUUUUUAAAAAAUAGAAUGGUAUUUUUUUGCCUCUCAGCACAACCUCACCUACGUGAACUAUAAUCUAUUACCAUGACCACAUUAGGACAAAAAUAAUCAAAUACAGACUAGGACAACACUAUGAAAUACCACCCAUCCAGAGAGCAUGAGUGCCCUCAAGUGGAGAAAAAAAUACUUUCUACCAUGAAAUGAAAACGAUCAUAUAUCCGGUUUUCCACUGUCUAUCGGUGGCAAAUAAAAACUGAGCGAGAGAAUGAAAUCCACACUUUCGAGUAUUGUUCACCAUAUGUCAAAUAGUUCCAGUUUUAUGGCGCUUUAAAGACACGAUGGAACAGGCUGGCCGGCGAAAUCCUAGGGCUUCCGACUCUGCAAACUUGUGUGUGGUCAUGUGACUGUAUUGUUACCUCUGAUUGGUAUAAUGGUCUCAUAUGAUUAUUGUUGCGACGUUCCAUUGGUGAAACUGAUACGGCCACUGUCAGCAUUUCUGUCAAAAAUUAAGUCAAUACGACAUAUGAUCGCUUCAACAUCCGACGUAAAAUUUGACUUACCAUUUGUUUCUGCAUCCGACGACAUGCUCAAAAUACAACGAUUUAUGACAGCGCCGCAGUUUCUGUCUUCCCGCAGGACGGACGCACGGUGGAUUUUCUUGUGAGAGAAAUCAAGAUGAAAUUGUUAGUGCAAAUGGUGAAAAGGGGAAAAAAGUUAUGCCUACUAUUGAAAUGAAGAUGGAAAUGAUAGAAAAAUGUGAGCGUGGUGUGCGCGUCCAUGAACCGGCUCGAAUGUCUACGAUCUCGACGGUCUUCCUCUGACCUGCGUUCGCCAGUCUUUAUAAGUUAAGUUGGCAAUUAUUAUUAUUGUAACAUCGCCAAAGAAAUUGUCAGCUUUGUCACGUUUUUAAUUGUUUACUUCAGAACUUGUGCAACACGACGCGCCUACUGUCCGACACAGCUGCUGCCAACAACAGGACAUGAAGAGUGAAAGUAAAACUUUUACUGCACCUCUCACUCUGGCAAGUCAGCCACACGGUGCGUUCAGGCACAAUACGCAAAACACAUACGCCGCAUUAUAUAUAGAACCCACAUUAGAAUUAUUAUUAUUACUAUUAUUGUAUUGUUACUCCGAUUUGUAUUUAUAAUGUUUUUGUUUUUUUUUGCUUUAAUUGCUAUUUGCAAUUGUACCAGCAGUACUCAUUAAGGAAUUAUAAUGUAUUCUUAUGGGAAAAUCCUGCUUGACAUACGACCAUUUCGACUUACAAAUAAGGUCCUGGAACGAAUUACCUUCGUAUGUAGAGGUACAACUGUAUAUAGAAUAAAGAGGAAGAAUGUAACGACUCUCUUGUAGCCCAAAGUAGCGGAGUAAGAGUAGUGUUUCUUCUUCACAAAUCGACUCAAGUAAAAAAUAUUGCAUGGUAAAAUUUCUUCAAAAAGUUACUCAAGUAAAUGUAAUAGAGUAAAUGUAACGCUAAUAUUACUUAUUACUACCCACCCCUGCAAAUAAAUGAUGUCCAUUCAAGAUUCUUGAUGGAACAAUUUUUGAAAAAAUGUUUUUCUUUGUUUCAAAGACAAAAUUUUUCUCUCCGACUCAAAAAAGCUUUUUCCAUGGGUUGCUAAAUAUAAUUUUAAAAAAGAAUAAGUCAAGUAUAAAAUAUGUCAUUUUGACUUAUACAGACUCAGCGAAAUGCCAAUUAAAAUCAAUCAGUGGAGCCUUUCAAAUGUCCACAAUCUUUUAUUUUUCACCAUUUCUUAGUAUCUUUAUGAUAUACGAACACUGACCAGGGCUAUCCGCUUCUUACGUUAAAACUGCGUCGUGUUUUUCCACUGAGAACUCCAGGGGUCGCAGUUUUCUGUUGUAUUUUCACGGCAGAAGUGACGGGUCAAUUGACUGGUGUGCAGCUGUGAAUUACUUUGUGUAGUUUUUUGUUGUUGUUGUUGCCAUUAUUAUUAUCUUUUACAUCCAUAUAUAGAAAUUAAAAAUAUGAAAAAAAAAAGAGCAACAUAAUAUCACACCUUGCUUUGUACAGUAGAGUGCAAAAAAAUUGUCAAAACAGUGAAACUAAGGGGUGUUGUCUUAUUCAUUGCCUCAGCUGUGUGUCCCAAUACUUGCGUCCAUAAAGUUCACUUCAAGAGAUAGGUGUUCAAAAGUUGCGCGAGUGGGAAUUUGGCUCCAAAACGUUCAAGCACAGAAAACUGAACGUAAGGAGGACAUGAAAAAGGUGUGUGACGGUAAAGAGAAGGACGAAAAAGCAUGUUGAAGCGAGCACAAAAGAAGUAGAUUUAGCUUUUCUCAGAGGGGAAAGGAAGGAAACAUUCCUGAUGUGAGCAACUACAUGACCAUUUAUUUCGUUCUUGUCGCUUUCCCACCUCCGUAGCAGUUUGUUUUCUAAAUGUAAGAAACACCAAAAUGUGUGCUCUAUCGAGUGUGUUGUACUCAAGAUCGAACGGUGCAAAUGACUUUGAUUAGAGGGAGGAAAAAGGCUGAAAUUCAGCUUUAUGAUUAGUACAGUAUGUUGUACGUAUGGCGUAUCCUCCCAAAAAAAUUAGAAAAAAAUGUUACUUUGUGUUGGAAUCUGAGAAUAAGACCCUCCCCUGAUUGAUCAGCUUCUGUUUUAUUGAUGUUUGUCUUGUGUUUCAGUCUGACAGAAAAACUGGAAGUGAUCCAUGAUAUAUUUGAGGGUGUGUACAGUUUUUUUUGUUUUUGUUUUAUCCUUAAAAAAAAAUGAGCAUGAGCGAAAGACCCUGAUGUCUCAGCAUAUUUAUACAUCAGAAUUGCGCAGAAAAGGACAAAAACAACAACCUUGUCUAUUUAUUGAGAGGUACCUGAAUUCUAACCCGUUUUCUUUCUUUCAAUGGAAUAACACUGUAACAAAAUUUUCUGGCUGCUAUUGUAACAACACUAUGUUUUGAAAGUGAAUCGAAAGUGUCUAUAUUGGCUUGAGGCUGCUACACGUGCUUAGAAUCUCGUCCUAGAUAGCUGCAAAACCAAAGUCCACUUGUAUUCACGUUCCAUCCUAACGGUCACCUGAGCAAAAGACGUCUAUGUUAACUGUACUAUAAUCCGCUUCUAUGCUAUAUGUCUACAUUUACGUCCACGCAUCAUCUCCUGCUGUGUGCACGUGUUCGUUUGCCACCAUGCAGCCGCGAUUACGGCAAUAAAACUGUAUUUUCCAUUGUUGAAA